ACGUUUUAAACUGUUGGAUAUAAAGAAAUCAGAAUAUUCUCUACCCCAUCAGCAAAGGCCUUUGAGUUUCUAUUGAAAAGAUGUCCUUUAAAAAAAAGCAUCCUUUACUAAAUUAUUCAUAAUUUUACUAAUCAAGAAUUAAGUUGGGAUCAUCAUUAAUCAGCACUUUUGUUGCUUGCCCUGGACGUAAGUGGCAACUUCCCAGCGUUUUUCCUCUCUCUAGACCGUGACACCUUUGUGAAUGUGUCUAAACCAUGAAAAGUAAAAGAGGAACGCUUUUUCCCCCUUCCCUCCCAUUUAGCCUUUAUGUGUGUUUGACAUGGAUUGAUUAGGUCUUGAAGUGUAUAUAUGUGGUAUGAUGUGCUCUAUGUAUACAUGCUUAUAUUCUUCAUUAUGUUCUACCUUCACCCUUCACUUCUCCCGCCCAGAAUCCAUGCCAGGGUGACUGAAUGACUUCACACUGAGGUCUACACACAGUGCUGAUGUUGAGUAAAAGUACAGCAAGCAUCUCUAUGUUUUCAGUUUAGCUCUUAGUUUAGCCCUUUAAUGGUUAUUAGUAGAUAAACUUAGACUCACGUUUUCCACGCGUCUGGAGUAUGGUACUCCAGAAGUAUGGUACUGCUUCAUGGAACGUGGUACCGAUGUGGCCUACUCUAAGAUUGCUAUGUGCUGCAAAGGCAAUGUUUAUUUAGUAUCUUGUGUGUAUUUUUGGGAAUUGAGUAAGAUAGUUUAAGGUCAAGUGUAAGCAGGAAGUAUGAUGCACUUCCUGGGCUGUGGUAUGGAUACGUAUAGCAUUUGCAAUAUACUUCAUGGAACAUGGUACUGGUAUUUGCAUUUUUGCAUAUUUGCAUUUGGCAUCCUGUUUUUUCAAAUAAUAAAAAACUACCAACAAAGGGUGAUAUAGCAUCCAUUCCAUUAGUGAAAAAACAUGGCAUCACCAAAAAAAUUUUAAAAUAAUAGUAAUAAGUUAUCCGUGAAAGGGUUAACAAGCAUCAAAAAUGUGUGGGGCUCUUUGAGGGAGAUGCAGUCACCUCUGCAGCAGAGCCCUGCUCCGCCCAACCCUGCUCCUGGCUCACUGCUGUUUGCUCUCACUGAGGAACAAAUAAAUAGGUCAGGAAGCCACACCACAUCCGUGAAUUUUAAGGACACUGGAAAGACACCUGUGGAACCAGAGGUGGCCAUUUGCCAAGUUAGAAUUACCCUAGCCAGCCGAAACAUAAAAUCCUUAGAGAAGGUGUGUGCAAACUUGAUUAAAGGAGAACCUACUACCAAGACUCCAAGAAUCACUACUAGAAAAAGUCCUUGUUCUAAAGAUUCUGAGACCUGGGAUCAUUUCCAUAGAAUCCACAAGUGACUCAUUGACUUGUGUAGUCCUUCCAAGAUCAUUAAGCAGAUGGCUUCCAUCGGUACUGAGGCAGGAGGAGAGGUCAAAGUCACCAUUGCCGAUGUUUAAAUCAGCUGUUUUUAAUAAAUUAUCAGCUGCUUAAAAAAAAUGUAUGGGUCCUUCUGGCGCUGGUAUCUUUUUAACUUUCUUGCUGUACUAGAGGGAAUUAGGAAUUCUUCAGCUGUAGAGAGAAUAGAGAGCUUCUGUGUGGUAGCAAACUUUAUGAGUUUACUUCCUUGCCAUUUUACAUCUGAAAGACAGUUCCUUCAUAUGAGAUCUCUUUGG